AUGAGUAUUUCUUCAAUAGGUGAUGUCACUUUAUAUCCUUGUGAUGAAAAACUUGUAAAAAAUGGAUGGUUUAAUGAUAACUUGAUUUCAUAUCAAAUUGAAUACAUCAAAAAAGAAUUUCCAUUGAAAGAUGCUUUGAUAAUUGAUCCAUUAGGAUAUGUGUUAUUAAGUCUUGGGGAUGAUAAACAAUUGUUAAAUGAUUUAAACGCAAAAGAAUACCAUCAUUUAAUUAUCACAGUUAAUGAUUUAACUGAUAACAAUAGUGUAAAUAACGGAUCUCAUUGGACACUUCUUUAUAUUGAUUUAUUUUCCAAAAUGGGAUAUUACUAUGACAGCGUUCCCUCUCAUUCUACUUUUCAUGCAGAAGUUCUUCUAGAUAAAAUAUCUCUUUUCUUUGGCUUUCCUAUUACUUUUUAUAAGGCACAUUGUCCUCUUCAAACAAAUGGACUUGACUGUGGACCUCAUGUUUUAGCAAAUAUUUAUGCGUUAUGUAUUUUAUUAAAGGAUAACAUACGUAGCUUUGAAGUACUUCAUCCACCUUAUACUGCUUCAGAAAUCCGUUCAUUAGUGUACUCAGAGAUUCAUCACCUUUAA